GAGAGAAAGAAAGACGACAACAGCAAGAGGAGAGAAAGAUCAUGUUUGAGAGUGAUCAAGAAGAAGAAAAUAUAUGGAAACAGAAGCAAAUUGACAUGGAGGAGGGAAGAGAGAGGGAGAACAAGAGACAGAGAGAGAUAGAAGAGAUACACAGACGACAACAACAAGAGGAGAGACAGAAACAAAAGGAGAAGGAGAAAGAAAGGGAGAAAGACAAUGACAAUCAGAGAGAGAUGGAAUUAAAAGAUCAGCAACAGAAAGAGAUGGAGAAAGAAAAGAUGAUUAUGAGAGAAAGGGAGGAAGCAGGAAGAAGAAAGGAAGGGCAGAAAAAUAUUUUGGGGGAAAUUGAGGGACAGAAUGAACUGGAGAUAGAACAGGAGAGAGAGAUGGAAGAAAAGCAGGAAGUGAUUAAGGAAGCAGAGGAAGAGUACAGGGAAAGAGAAGAGAGAGGAAAGGAAGUAAGCAUGAAGAAACAUGUAGUAGUUAAUGUUAAAGCAAAAGCACGGGAAGUCUUCAAUAGGCGUAAAGAGAGGAGGUUAGAAGUGUUGAAGGGGGAGCGAGAACACAUAGAAAGAGGACAACAAAUCAGGAGGGAGAAGGAGGAAAGACGGCUGGAGAUGGAAAGAAAACAGGAGAGGGCAAGACAACAAGAGGAGCAGGAUAAAAAACGAGAGAUUGAAAUUGCUAGACAGAAAGAAAUGUUGAGACUAAGAGAGGAGGAGAGGCAGAGAGAGGAAGAGAGAGAGGAGGAGAGAAAGAAAGCCAUUAAAUGCCUUUUAUCUUUAAUCAGAGAGAGAGAAAAAAUAAUACAGGCAAAAAAAAGAGAGGAGAUGGUGGAAGAGGAAAGAAGGGAGAUCCUUGAGUACAAGAGGGGUGACUUAGAGGAGGAGGAAAAAGAAGAUGACAAGGAGGACAUUCUCCCACCCGAUAAAAGUAUCCGAAGGAGAGCCGUGGGCUGGGUGAAUAAAAAAUGGGAGAAGAGGAACCUCAGAAAGAUAGAGAGAACGUAUCAGAGAGAGGCUGAGGAGGGCCAUAAGAUCGUCCACAUAGCCAUCCCUGGACACACAAGGCUAACAUCCACCAUGACCCGGGCAGAGAGAGAGAGGGAGAAGAGGAAGGAGCUGCUGAAGGCUGAGGAGAGAAGGAAGAAGAUGGAGGAUUUCAAUAAGCAGUGGAGAGAGCGGUCCCUGCUUAAAAAACAGACUCAUCAACAACUGAAGGAGGAGAGGGAGAGGAUGAAGGAAAACUACCUGGAGCAGAUGAAUCUGGAGGCUGAUGCUCAAAUCAACACCCGGUGUCUAACCACCCAACACAGCCACGAUUACAACCACGGUCAGGAGUUGCCCGGGUGGGCCAAUGGCCAACAAGUAAGCCAAGAGCCCACUGGAUCUGCUGAUGGCCACCAGGAAAGGCCAAGGAGGCAACAGGCAUGGGCAGAGAACCAGGAGGGGAGUUCAGAGAACCAGCAGGAGGGGCCAGAGAACCAUCAGGGGGGGCCAGACAGCCAGCAGCUAGAAGCUCCAGAAGAGGCUGAAACAUCAGAGCGAAUAUCCAAGACAAAGAAAAAGCCAAGCAUCUGGAAGAAAAUUAGGAUGAGUCAACAAGUGAUGAGCCAGAUCAACCAAUCAACGUCACUGCAGCUGUUCUACCCACCACCCCCACUGCUCUUCCUCCACCACCAACCUCAUCCUCUUCUCCUGUUCAACUCAUUUGCCGCCACACUAGAAAGGACUGGACAUACAGUCGAAGUCGCAAGUUUACAUACACUUAGGUUGGAGUCAUUAAACGUUAUGAACUGAGAGAAAACAGGACCUACCUUUGUUGAUGAUCUUAUAGCCCUCCUCAGCCUCUCUCUGAUAUGUUCUCUCUGUCUUUUUGAGGUUCCUCUUCUCCCACUUCUUAGUCACCCAGGCCACAGCUCUCCUUCAGAUACUUUUAUAGGGUGGAACAAGGUCUAUGGUCUAAAAUAGAUGUGUAUAGUUGACUCCUCUGCAA